AUCUUCACACUAGUACUAACAGCGAUCUAAGGAUACUUCACCCAGGCCUUGCAGUUUAUCUUUGGAAUCUCUUGACUGCGAGCUGGCUUCACUGCUUUCAUGAUAGUGCUUUCUUCUCGCCUCGGAAUAUUAGGACGAAAUUUUACCUUGACCUGCCGUCAUCGUGCUAGCUUCACUCUCCGUCGAAACAUCUACAGAGUUACCUCUCCUGUUAUUCUCAAUACGGACUACGUGGAAAAUUUGCGCUACAUGUCUUCUACUAGUCCAUCGAGAGACUUCAUCGAGGUGGCACCCUACAAGCAGCUCCUCACCCACUUCCGAUACUUUCUCAACCUGCGAUCUCAAGAAGGACGCUACCAUUCUCUCAUCUUAUUCCGCCUAUCAACACCUCAAGAAGGACUCGCCCUCGCCAACGGCGAGCCGAAUUUUGCCACCCCAAACGAUAUUUCCGGGGAAAUAGUGAACCAGGCUUACAACCAACUCUAUGCAAUGGAAUCAACGUGUCCGCAUCUCGGUGCUGAUAUGUCUCAUGCCGAUAUCGAAGAAUCUGAGACUAGCCUUGUAGCUGUUUGUCCGUGGCAUAGAUACGACUUCGAUCUAGAGACAGGCCACAGCGAUACUGGACUGCGAGCUUGCACUUACACGGUAGAGGUGCGAACAGACCCCACCGACGAUGUCGAAAAGGUAUGGGUGGAGGCCCCUACGGAAGGACGCAAUUGGCGGCUUGUUGAGUGUCGACCAGUCUCGGAAGAGUUUGCCGAUCCACCUCCUGCUCCUGUCGACAUCUCCGGUCUAUCGAUCGAGGAUGUUGAGACUGAGAUGGAACCAGUCGUUCCAGCUGAGAACCCACCGACAACACUCAUGGAAUGGGCGGUCCUUAUCCUGAAUACUCCACAUCCAACUCUGAAGGUAGAGCGUACACGCCACGCAGUGCAUCAGUUCAGGACAGGGAAGCUUAAAUCAAUAGGGCACCGGUCGAAGAAUGCACCUCGACCGCCAGAUAUACCUCCUCGAGAUGAAGCUUGGCAAAGGAGCAUGGUCCAUCGUUCAAAGGCCGGGAAGCGUAAGAAUCGUGUAGGAAUGUUGCACGCGUUGGCGAACAUCGAGCAGUGGGCCAUUGACCUAGCAUGGGAUAUAAUAGCGCGCUUUGGGCCGGACCAUCCUGACAUACCGCCUGCUUUUUUCUCCGAUUUCUCGAAGAUGGCUCUCGACGAAUCCAAACACUUCUCUCUCCUGACCGCCCGUCUCGCCUCCAUGGGCACGGCCUACGGAUCACUUCCCGUUCACGCCUCCCUCUGGGAAUCUGCCCGGAUAACUUUCCCAUCCCUUCGUUCCAGACUUGCUAUCAUUCACCUCGUACAUGAAGCACGAGGGCUCGAUGUCAAUCCCGCUACCAUUGCCAAGUUUGCCCGUUCAGGAGACGAAGAGAGCGUCAAGUCUCUCGAGAUUAUCCACGCAGACGAAGUAACGCACGUCACAACGGGUCAUAGGUGGUUUACAUGGGUCUGUGCGAAGGACGGGGUAGAUCCAGUAAGUACGUUUAGAGAGGAGGUUCGGAAAGGAUGGACGGGGGAGAUCAAAGGACCAUUCAACGAGGAGGCUAGGGAGAAGGCGGGAAUGACAAAAGAGUUCUAUGAGGAUCUCAGAGGUGAAUUGGCCUACGCCAAUGGAACGAGGGUGCCAGAGUACGGCAAGGCAACUGCAAAGGAAAUGGCGGUGGUAGUAAAAGAUGAAACGGCUGAACCAGAGGUCGAAAUCGCAUACGAAAAGGUACGUCAAACAGCAGUAUUCUAA